AACCCCUGCAGCAGAGGAGCACAUUUCCGACCGACCAUGGAGCUCUACAGCCAAAGACUUAUUUUCUGGUUUCUUAUUCUCUCAACAGGGCCAUGUGAGACAGCCUCUGAUUCAGAAGUCAUGCUAAAAAUGGAUGAAGCAUUAUUAACAGUCCAAAAUCAAAUGUCCUAUGGCUUGCAUGUUCUCUACACUUCAGAUUACUGUUAUAAGUGUCUGUAUCAGCCUUUGGCCAGCAUGGCGGCUGGACCAGGAAAUGUGUCUGUAGUGGUGAGCACACCUUUCACUCUGACCCUGAAAGUCACUUCUGUGAAUGGCAGUAGCACUUUGUGCAGUCACCCCAGUUUAAGCUACUCCUUCGAAGAGGCAGGGCAUUAUUCUCUUUGGGUGAGGCCUGGAGACACAAACUUGGAAUUUAAUGUGACCUGCUUCAUUUCAAUGGACCAGUCUCCAAAUGAUACCUAUCUACCGCUGCUGGUGGCUGCCCUGGUUUUAGCCCUUUUGGCUUUUCUAUGGCUCUGUGUGCCUCUUCUCCUCAGAUGUACCUGCAUGUCCAAACUCAGGAGUCUUAUGUGCUGCAAUAGAUCUCGAUACUCCAUGGAAAGGGAAGAGGCAAAUACUGAGGCCUGUGUGAACCAAGACCGGCCAAAAUCAUCUCGUCUUAAAUCUUUAGACACGUUCCGAGGUUUCUCCUUAACAAUCAUGGUAUUUGUGAACUAUGGAGGUGGAGGAUACUGGUUCUUUCAACAUGCACCUUGGAAUGGCCUUACUGUAGCUGAUCUUGUGAUGCCUUGGUUUGUGUUCAUCAUUGGAACAUCUGUAAUGCUAGCACUUAACUCAAUGCGAAGGAAAGGUGUGACAAGACUCCAACUCUUGGGCAAGCUGACCUGGAGAACAGUGGUGCUGUUGCUCAUCGGCUUCUGUUUCAUCAACUACAGCCCCAGAGAUGGCUUAUUAUCCUGGUCCUGGCUGCGGAUACCUGGAGUGCUUCAGCGUCUGGGGUUCACUUACUUUGUCCUGUCACUGAUGCAGACGUUUUCACCCUAUCGAGAGAUUCCACCAAAGGAGAUCCGCUGGUGGAGCCCUGUUCAGGACGUGGUGCUCUACUGGCCAGAGUGGAUCUUUAUUAUGCUGCUGGAGGUGGUGUGGCUGUGUGUCUCCUUCCUGCUACCUGUGCCCAACUGCCCCACUGGGUAUUUGGGUGCUGGAGGAAUAGGAGAUAAUGGUCUGUACCCUAACUGCACAGGAGGAGCAGCUGCAUAUAUAGACAGAUGGCUAUUAGGAGACAACAUCUACUGGCACCCAACAUGCAAGGCCAUGUAUCGUACAACUGAGCCCUUUGACCCAGAAGGUGUUCUUGGUACCAUCAAUUCAAUUGUACUGGGAUUCAUUGGGAUGCAAGCAGGGAAGAUUUUCCUCUUCUUCCGCAAAAAGAACUGGAACAUCAUGAUACAUUUCACAAUCUGGACCAUCAUACUGGGAAUCUUGGCGGCCAUCCUUUCUAAGUGCACACGAGACGAAGGAUUUAUACCUGUCAAUAAAAACCUUUGGUCUCUGUCCUAUGUAGCUUGCAUGGGCUGCAUGUCUUUUGCAUUGCUUGGUGUUAUAUACUUUGUUGUGGACAUCAAGGGAUGGUGGGGUGGCCAACCUUUCAUUUAUCCAGGAACGAACUCAAUCUUUGUCUAUGUUGGCCAUUCUCUGCUGGGCUUCUAUUUUCCCUUCAGCUGGGAGAUGCGUUUCCAAGACAGUCACUGGGAGCAGCUCUUCCAGAGCCUUUGGGGCACUGCACUCUGGAUCUUCAUUGCCUAUCUGUUCUACCGCAAACAUUUCUUCCUCAAAAUCUGAUUCAAAAACGCUUGACUGUACAUAGCAAAGCAGAAGACAGCCAGAUUGUUUCCACGUAGAUUGGAUGCUUAGGUAGACAGAUGGUUAGAUGACCUGACUUUUGCCUUUUUUUUUCUUUUUCACUCAAAUUAGUGCAACUCCAUUAGCCUAGAUUUGUUAGUUUGGUCCAUAAAACUGAAUGUAGAGUAUUCCGUCACUCAAUUAGUAAAUAGGUGUCUGUGGUGAAAGCAGAGUAUCUGAUUUAGUGUCUCCUGAAGACACCUGCGAUGUUUUAUUUGAUGUCAGCUGUGUAAGGCCCUGAAUGUACUGAUUAAAUCAAACAGACUGAAGUGGUACUUAACAAAUUAGAAUGAGUGAUUCCACCACUUCAGGGGUGGCCAUUAUGAAUCAGUUGCCAUAGCCACCCACCCCCAAGUGCCGUGAGACAGAGAGAGGGUAGCAUCUGCUCUUCAGCUGACAGUUCUUUAAUGGGGGUCAAGCUGGACUGCUCACCAAGGAGUGGCUCUAAUAAGACCAACACUUUUCAGACCCACACUAACGUGAAAUCAGAGAAAUUACAUCGGCAGCUCACAUGGUCGUUCACAAGUGGCCCUUCACCACAUAAAACAGAUGUCAAUACAAGCAAACAUUUUCAUUUGAUGAGACUCUGAUAAAUGAAAUAUAAAUGACAGAUGUUGAACAACAUUUCUGACCUCUGUCCCAGCUGGGAGCCACUAUUAGAGGGAACUGGCCAGGGUCUGGAGGUUUUGCCUCGCUCUGGAUCUCAAUAACUUUAUACUGAACACUCUCACUCAGAAAAAGCCUUCAUAAUGAUAAGAAUUAGUCAUUAUUGUUUUCUCUCAUACUUCUUAUUCUUCUGCUCACUAUUCUGUGAUUAAUACAGCCAGAACCGUUUAACGUACAGACUCCGUUCAAACUGCGUUUCGAAGGUCUCAGCGCUGUGACUUGUGCUAUGUAU